GGUUAUUUAGGUAGUUUUGGACGGCACCGUUACCGAGCGGCGGCUUAGAGCCCGAGCACUGAGUUUAUUCACCGCGGAGCUUUAAAACAUAUAAACCACCUAAUAUACCUGCUCAACCCGCGGGGCUCAGACUGCUGUUUACCCGGGAGAGAGAGCUGAAGACCCGGGUAAGCGCUGAGGGCUGUAGGGGGUUCAGGGUUACUGGGUUGCUUGGGUUUAUAUGAAUCUGUAGAGCUGAGGUGGUUUAUAGGGUCUUAUAAAGUCAGAUCAUCAUGUCUCACUUCGGGUUUGAGAAUGAUAUCCACAGUGUGCUGAAGCUGGACAUGCCCAUCACUAAUGCUCCCAUGGCCAGAUGGCAGAGGAAAGCCAGCACCUCCAAUUCUACCAACCCCAACACCCUAUCACCCAACAAGAGCGCCAACCGCUCACUCAGCAGCUCCAAAACCCCCAGCAAAACUCCAGGGAAGAAUGGGAAAACCCAGAGCACUCCCUCGAAGGCCGGAGCAGAUCGCUUUAUUCCGGUCAGGAACUCCAAGCAGAUGGACGUGGCGAGUUUCCUCCUCUCUAAAGAGAACGAGCCGGCGGAGGACAGCACUUCUGCAGUUUCAUCCACUCAGAAGGCAUGGUCAGUCACUCUGAACGGGUGUGAUCUGGAGGAGGCGAAGAUCCUGCAUUUAGGGGGAAAACCACUCAACGCUCCUGAAGGUUACCAGAACAACCUGAAGGUGCUCUACAGUCAGACGCCGACGCCCGCCUCCAUGAAGAAGACCCGGUACAUCUCUACACAUCCUGAGAGGAUCCUGGACGCUCCUGAGCUCAGGAACGAUUUCUAUCUGAACCUGAUGGACUGGGGCCGGCAGAACUACCUGGCGGUGGCGCUGGCGGAGCACGUGUACCUGUGGGACGCGUCUCAGGGGGACAUCGUCCUGCUGAAGAAGAUGGAGGAGGAGAACGGCUAUAUCUGCUCCGUCUCCUGGAGUCGAGAUGGGAAUUUCCUGGCUGUAGGAACCAGUGACUGUAAAGUGGAGUUGUGGGACGUGCAGUAUCAGAAGCGGCUGCGGAGUAUGGACGGACACCGCGCCCGAGUCGGCUGCCUGAGCUGGAACGACCACAUCCUGUCCAGUGGUUCCAGGUCUGGUCUGAUUCAUCAGCAUGAUGUUCGGGUAGCAGAUCAUCACCUGAGCACUCUGAGAGGCCACGCCCAGGAGGUCUGUGGACUCACCUGGUCUCCGGACGGCAGGUAUCUGGCCAGUGGUGGAAACGACAACACGGUCAACAUCUGGUCCGGAGUUCAGAGCAGCGCCCAGCAGAACCCGGUGCACUCCUUCACCGAGCAUGAAGGAGCGGUGAAGGCUCUGGCCUGGUGUCCAUGGCAGCCCAGCAUCCUGGCAACAGGCGGAGGCACCAGCGACCGGCACAUCCGGAUCUGGAACGUUAACAGCGGAUCCUGCAUCAGCGCCUGGGACACUCAGUCUCAGGUCUCUUCGCUCGUUUUCUCACCGAACUAUAAAGAGCUGGUCUCGGGUCACGGGUUCUCCCACGACAAGGUCUUUAUCUGGAAGUACCCCUCUCUCGCUAAAGUUACAGAGCUGCAAGGUCAUGAAGGUCGUGUUCUGAACUUGGCUCUCAGUCCUGAUGGAUCUACAGUAGCGUCUCUCAGCGCAGACGAGACCAUCAGGCUCUGGAAGUGUUUCGAAAAGGAUCCCACUAAAAAAGCCAAACCCGCCGCCAGCAGCAUCAUCCAGCAGCACAUCAGAUAACCUGCAGUUUAAUCUGCCGUUCUGUGUAUUAAUCACUAAAUUAUGUACAAAGCUGUUGUGUAAAUCUGAAAUAAAGUUUUAAAGUUUUAUUACAGUGGUGAGGGGUGUAUAGUUCUUGUUUUUAGUACCUCAUGUUUGCAUGCACAAUAUCAAAUGAUCUCCUGCCAGAAAUCAAAUAAUCCACAAAAAUCCAGUAUUGAGAAUUUUUAUAUAUUGUAUACUGGACUUGCUGAAAUACACUAAUGUUAAUGACUGUGCUGUGUGCUGUUUCUGCAGCGGGAGUGUUUAGCAUUGUGUGUAAUCUGUGUUUAAUGUAAUGUAAAGGCAAAUAAAGGAGUUAUGAUGUUUUA